AUACCUGCAGGAGGUGGGCUACACAGACACCAUCCUGGAUGUCAAGUCUCAGAGAGUGAGAGCGCUGCUCGGUCUGACCGGAGACUCAGGAGACAAACCGUCAGAGAAGAAAGCCGAACCCAUGGUCAACGGCACCGAGCCGUCCUCCCUGAAGGACAGCGGCAUGGUCAGUAAACCCGACAUGUCGGACUCGGCCACCGUGCUGGAGGCCUUCAAGUUCAUCGAGAGCGCCGCAGCAGAAUUCAGCGACGAUGACGAGGAGGAGGACAGCGAAGGACGGGACAAGACCAUCUUAGACCUGGCUACAAUGGUGAGGAAGAAACAGUCGUCCACCCCGUCGUCCACGACCUCUGACCUCAGCGACGACCCCGACACGGAGGAGGCUCUCAAGGGGUUUGACUUCCUGGCGAGUCCGGACGAGCUGGACGGAUCGCCGGAGUCCAGGAGCGGGGAGGACAGCGGAGAGUGGGGUGAGACACGAGGACACUUGAGACGUUUGGAGGACGAGUUUUUAAUCACGUGUGCAGGUUUUUACUGACUGAAAACAUGUAAAGGUUUAACGCGUUAGACGCGGCCAGAUAGUGCGGAGACAUUCUGACGUAAAGACAAAGACGUCUGUGUGCUGUGUUGAGGAGACAUCGACUGAGAUGAACUAGGGACAGUGUCCCCGAACCAGUUCAGAAAUACUCAACCUGCUCUGACCAGGGGACACUUUUACAAAAUGACAGGAGGCCAGGGGCCCGUCACAGCAGCGCCACAUACUGUUCUAGGAUUUUAGGACAUUUCUCAGAUUUUAGGACAUUUCUAGGAUUUUGGGAUGUUUCUGCUACCUUAUGACGUUUCUGGAAUUUAGGAUGUUUUCACGA